AUGUCUGAAAAUGACUACCGAAGUAUCAUUCUUUACGCGAAAAAAGACUGGAAUCUUACUUACGAUGCUCAAGGCAACCUUUCAGACGAGGAUAUCGCAUAUGCGCUUAUCGGCCAGAUGGAACAGUUGAUGGCCGAUCAACCAGUUGUUUAUGUAGCCACCGUAAUUAAUAUAACGAUAUUGAUGAUUGCAGUAUUAAUCGGGAUUCCGGCUAAUAUAUAUGUUCUUGUUCGGAUGACAAAACUUGCCAGUUAUGAAAAUGAAGAUGGAGAUGAUGAUGAUUAUAAUAAUGUUGUUGUUGGUGAGACGACAAAAAUUUCUUCAAUUUUUUUUAUUCGUCAUAAUGAAUGUAUCAUUUGCAAUUUGAUUACGAAUUACGAUCAAAAAAAAAAGGAACUUUGCCGAUGCAAUUUUGCACUUGAAUUUGCUGCCAAAGCACUAAUGAUCGCUAAAGCCUAA